AUGAAACCAAUCAUAAAGCCAAUCAUAAAGCCAAACAUAAAGAUAAACAUAAAGGCAAUUAUAAAACCAAUCAUAAAGCCAAUCAUAAAACCAAUCAUAAAACCAAUCAUAAAGCCAGUCAUAAAGCCAAUUAUAAAGCCAAUCAUAAAGCCAAUCAUAAAGCCAAACAAAAAGCCAAUCAUAAAGACAAACAUAAAGCUAAUCAUAAAGCCAAUCAUAAAGCCAAUCAUAAAGCCGACCAUAAAGCCAAACAUAAAGCCAAUCAUAAAGCCAAACAUAAAGCCAAUCAUACAGCCAAACAUAAAGCCAAACAUAGAGGCAAUCAUAAAGCCAAUCAGAAAGCCAAUCAUACAGCCAAACAUAAAGCCAAACAUAGAGCCAAUCAUAAAGCCAAACAAAAAGCCAAUCAUAAA